CGACAAUGACAGCUCGAGACGAUACCAUAGAUCAGGUCUAUGACGCUUACCGCCGACUCACGCACGAUCAACUCGUUUUGUUCCUCAAAGUCAGGUCCUUGCCAACCAUAGGGACGGAUGACGAGUUGGCUUCAAGGCUGGCUCAGUACGAUCUUCACACGUAUCAUCUUUACCCUGCCAUGAACGGUCUUAUGGUCAAUGGGGUGGCAAGUCCAUCGCUCUGUCCGUCACCGUUGGACCCGCCGAAACAACGCCAGCGCCCAGUCAUGGCCCUCGACUUGCCUGUGGAGAUUCUAGCUGAGAUCAUGGACCAUGUGGGGGACUGGGAGCUGGCCAAGGCUGUCGGUGUGCCGACCUCUCUCCCAGAACCUCUGGAGUGGCAUCGCGCAACACCGUCCGACCAUGCAAUUCUUACAGGCUACCUUCCUCUCGUACGAGCGACGGAUCCCAUUGCCCACCCUCCCACAAGGCUUGGCGCAGUGCUGGCUGCUCGUUUCAGCUACGUGAACGUACUGGAGUACUUCUUCACGCAGCACCGGCAGAUGUUUCUUCGUAUGUACAGGAAUGACCUGCUGCCUAUCACCGCAUCACUCCACGGACGCACUGCUGUCCUAUUAUGGUGGAAGCAUACCCGCGAGCAACACCCUGAAAUCCUACCACCCCCCAAACAAAGCUCCGUGGCCGAAGCCAUUGACGGUGCGUCUCGGAAUGGCCAGGUAGCGUCGCUCGACUGGUGGUUGUUUUCGGGCCUGCCACUCGAAUUCACCGAGACAGCACUAGAGUCUGCCAGCGCCAAAAAUCAAAUCCUUGUGUUGAAUUGGUGGAAACAGCAAUUCACCGCGCGUGGGCUGCCGCUGAAGAUUGGACGUGUCAUGGACAUGGCGAGCACGGCAGGGCAUGUGGAAGCGCUAGAGUGGUGGGCGCGAUCUGCGCUAGACUUCAAGUACGACAGGCAGGCGCUAUAUCACGCGAGCUGUCAUGGCAAAGUAGACGUGCUGCAGUGGUGGCUGAACAGCGGGCUGCAGCUAAUAUUCGAUCCAGACGCGCUCACGGGCGCAACGCGGCAUAACCGUCCAGACGUACUGGAGUGGUGGGACAAGAGUGGGCUCCCCAUCCAGUAUCGGAUGUGCGACAUCGAGGAGGCUCUAGAGGAUGCUAUCGGCGGUGGCGAAGCAGCGCGCGAGUGGUGGAGACGCAAAGGGGUGGAUUUCAAUGCGAACGACAAGGAGUGGAUGAAGCUGCAAGUUCUCAAUUAAUACAAUCGUAUCGUCUCUCGAAUUCAUGACCGUCACUUACCGUUUGUAUCGUUAUUCAUGCUCAUCGCAUCUGCUCUUCAUGUAUUUCUCUGCACUGGUACAUGCUGUCUGAUACACUUCUAAAGUAAUAGUUUACUGCAUCUCAUUUCAUACCU